GGCUCAAAUUCUACAUUAGAAGCUAAAAUCGAUGCAAAAGGUUGAAGCACCUGCAUACUCGUUCAUAAGGCAGUGAAGGCAAAUUAUAUCAGAAGUAUUGAUAUCAUCCGAUACAUCCCUGUUUUACUCUACUCGAUAAAAGUUGAGGCUUUCAGACGAAAAUGCCUUAUUGCAGAAUGUGUGGAAUUUGUAGAAAAACACAGUCGUUCAUACUCUGCGUCCUCGGUUGUGUCUUCCUUUUAUCAAUUGCAUUUUAUUGUCAACUAAAUUAUAAGCUAGUUAAAACUGAUGGUCACGGACAAUCGUAUAGUGGUAACAUUCAACAAAAUGAAAAUGAUUUUCAAAUACCUGUAAGUGCGAUAUAUUUAGAAGAAAGAAGUGACAGUGAUGAUGAUUUAAAGUGGAUACAAGAAAUGAGCGAUAUAUAUGAAAGAGCAUCAUUGGAUAACUCGCAUAUCAAUUCAUUUGUAAAACAAAAUAAUUCCAAUGAAAAAUGUAAUGAUUUUCAUUCUUCCUUUAAAGAAAACCUACAUCAUGUUUUGAAUUAUCCUAUUAAUAUAUCGACAAAGUAUUUGACGGCGUUAAAUCUGGAUAGAAGCAAAAUUAAAAAUACCACAAGUAAAACGGUGAAGUCGAAUUAUCCCACUUUGGCAUCUGGCUCGUCAUCCAAUCACUACAGAGAAUUACAGGGAUUGAUAAGAGAUUACCACAAAAAUAUGUUGCCCCUUUAUCCUAAUAUGAAGUUGAUUGUCUAUGAUUUGGGAUUAAAAUCAAACCAACUAAAUCAAUUAAAAAAAUAUUGCAGAUGUGAUGUUAGGCAAUUUCCGUUUGACAGUUUUCCAAAACAUAUUCGCAAUCUUAGUUCAUGUGGAUGGAAACCGCUUAUAAUACAACUUUUAAUGAGAGAAUUCGAUUUUGUCAUGUGGACAGAUACUUCCAUAAGAUUUAAUGGAAAUCCUUUGGAUAAACUCUUUCUUGAAGCUAAAUUAGUUGGGAUUCAAGUAAUGUCAAAUAAAGGAUCCAUAGCAGUGCGGACCAAUGAAAGAACUUUCGUAGCACUGGGGGAAAAAAGGUGUUUGUUUGAUUACCCAGAAGUUGGUGCAGGAUUUGUGAUCAUAACUAGAUCCAAAUUUACAAUGAAUGCAAUAAUGAAACCAUGGGUAUCAUGCACUUUGCAGUACGGCUGUCUGGAUUUUGACAAUUCCAAAUCAUAUAUCGCAUGUCCUACGGGCAAAAAGCAAAAAUUUGGAUCUUGUCACAGAUUUGAUCAGUCGGUAAUUGGAAUAAUUCUUAGAAGACUUUUUAAUUAUAAAUCAUAUCUCUGUCAGUUUGAUAUAAAAAAAAUUGGAUCCAUAAACAGAGGAGACAAUGUUAAUUAUUUUCCAAAAUAAACACACAUUUUUUUUCUGAAAUACUGUAUGACGAAAAAGUGUGGCGCAUAUGUAAGCUCGAGUGCUGAUACAUUGGAAUAAAAUAUUGAAAAAAAUUCUUGAUGAAUAAAUGUCUAA